CACACACCACACUAGGACUGCAGAGUGAAUCAGACUUUCCACACCUAGAAAGGAGUGGAGGGGGCAGACUGAUAACCCACAGGCUGCCAUAAAUGUUUCAUGUGGCAAGUGCUGGAGGCUGAGUCAGUUCGAGAAAGCUGCAGAGAUAGCACAGUAGGCUAGAGUACAGUACAGCAGAGAGCCAGAUCGGGUGCUGCCCUUUAAAUGCCCCCCUCUGUUUGGCUCGUUAGACAGCCUUGCCUCACACCUUCCCACUACUUUCAGGCGCAGAUCUAUGUGGCAUUGAUGAUUGUGCAAAGGUGGUGCUGCUAUGGAAAGAUGUGAUCAGAGCCGUCGACAGAAGGCUUUCCUGGCUGCUGUAUUUCGUAGUAAAACAACUUGAGAUUCGUGGAGUGCUACAUCGAUUUUUCGCUAAAGUAUCCAUCUACAUUCAGACUGAACACUUUGUGGGUGUAGAUAUGCUCCGAUUGUAGAGGACGUGCUGUAUUCUCGGCAGUUGUAGCUCGAGUUCCACGAUGUCGAAACGCCGCGCUCUAGACAGGGGAGCCGGGGAGUCGUCCGGGCGGCCAAGCAAACUCCUGUGUGCGGGCAUAGCAGGCAGCAACGCCAAAAGAGCCGGACCCUUCAUCCUGGGACCACGUCUGGGGAACUCGCCAGUGCCCAGCAUAGUCCAGUGUCUGGCCAGAAAGGAUGGAACCGAUGACUUCUACCAGCUUAAAAUCCUGACCCUGGAGGAGCGGGCGGACGAGUCGGGCGAGACGCAGGAGGAGCGUCAGGGCAAGAUGCUGCUGCACACAGAGUACUCGCUGCUCUCCCUGCUACACAACCAGGAUGGAGUGGUGCACCACCACGGCCUCUUCCAGGACCGUGCGUAUGAGGUGGUGGAGGGCGAGGAGGCGGCGGCGGCCAGUCGUUUGGGGGCGGUCCGGCGGGGCAUGAAGAAGCGCAUCUGCCUGGUGCUGGACUGCCUGUGCGCGCACGACCUCUCGGAGCGCACGGCCGAGCUCAUCAACCUGCAGCACUACGUCAUCAAGGAGAAGCGGCUCAGCGAGCGCGAGGCCAUCGUCAUCUUCUACGACGUGGUGCGCGUGGUGGAGGCCCUGCACAAGAAGAACAUUGUGCACCGUGACUUGAAGCUGGGCAACAUGGUCUUAAAUAAGAGGACCCAUCGCAUCACCAUCACCAACUUCUGUCUGGGUAAGCACCUGGUGAGCGAAGAGGACCUGCUGAAGGACCAGAGAGGCAGCCCUGCCUACAUCAGCCCAGACGUGCUCAGUGGGCGACCGUACCGUGGGAAGCCCAGUGACAUGUGGGCCCUGGGGGUGGUGCUGUUCACCAUGCUGUAUGGCCAGUUCCCCUUCUACGACAGCAUACCUCAGGAGCUCUUCCGCAAGAUCAAGGCCGCCGAGUACUCCAUUCCAGAGGAUGGGCGCGUGUCAGAGAGCACGGUGUGCCUGAUCCGUAAGCUGCUGGUGCUGGACCCUCAGCAGAGGCUCACGGCCACCGACGUGCUGGAGUCCCUCGGCACCAUCAUCGCCUCCUGGCAAUCUGUGUCUGCCAUGAGCGGGCCGCUGCAAGUGGUGCCGGAUAUCGAUGACCAGGAGAGCCACCCCGAACAUCUGCAGGAGGCCAAGGUGACGGAGGAGUCGUCCCAGUACGAGUUUGAGAACUACAUGCGUCAGCAGCUGCUGCUGGCCGAGGAGAAGAACACUAUCCACGAGGCCAAGAGCCUCCUGGGCCAGCAGCGCCACUUUGGCAGCGUGCCGCCCGUGCGCCGCCUGGGCACCGAUGCCCAGCCCGUCUCGCCGCUCGACGCCGCCCUGCUCGCCCAGAGGUACCUGCGCAAGUAGCCGGUGGCCGCGCGCCAAAACAUGCCAGUCCCCUGGUAAACGGACUCGCUCGCCGCCCUUCACCUCGUGAGCGCUACCUGCGCAGGUAGCCGCGCAGUCUUGUCAAGGAACUCGCCUGACCCCCUUCACUUUGUGAGCGCUGCUACCUGUGCAAGUAGCCACAAGGUCUGGCCACGUCACCGUCGCGGUCACUGUCAGUCACAGCCACUUGGUCUGAGCGCUACUUGUUCAAGUAGCCACACAUGGUCAGUCAUGUACAUGCCACGGAGUCAUGGACGACACACUCUCAACACAUCUGUCACCUGGUCCAAGUUGCUAACAGUGACGAGUCACCGUGUGUGUGUGUGUGUGUGUGUGUGUGAGCGUGUGUGUGCGUGUGUGUGCGUGUGCGUGCGUGUGCGUGUGUGCGCCAGGCCAUGGCAUGGACGACCUCAACCACACAUCCGUCAUCAGACUUUUCCAGCCCAGCUCACCAUAAUCUGUCGGACCCCUACACAUGAGGAACUCUAUCCUCUCUGUCCCCUGCCAUUGCUCUUCCUCCCCUCACCUACUCAUGAAAGAUGGAUGGCAUCGGGGUGAAAAGUGUGUUUUUCUGGUGUAGCUGGGUCGGUCGAAUGACUGACUUUUGAGGUAGCUUUUGAGGUGAACUCACAAAACACAUGGCUUGACCUGUGAAGGAGGGAGAGAGACCUAGAGAGGGAGAGAGAGAGAGAAAAGGGGGCAAAGAGGACAAAUGUGGCAUUGUAUGGCCGUGGCGGUAAAGCGAGGAAGACAUGGACUUCAAAAGCGAUUCAUCUUUGGUGAAAGAUGUCAACCCUUACUGUGCCACCACCCCUGUGCUCCUCCUCUCCCACACCUCCUCUCCUCCCUCACAGUACAGGCUCCCACAGGCAGUGACGACUUACCCCACUCCCACCAGAUCAUGGACAUCGAUACCAACCCUCCCUCCCCAUCCUCAUUUUGCGAAUACUUUCAGCAAUACAGGAGUAGGAUCAUGUAGCAGUCCAUACCGCCCCCCCCCGCCUUCCACCCUAACUUUGAAUCCCCCCCCCCUCCCUACAACCCCUGUUCCGUCUUUGUCCUGUAUCAAUCCCCCUCCACCACACCCCAUGCACUGUGUCGAUUCCCUCAUGUCCCCCAUCACUUGACGCCUCGGAGCCUGGAUUCACUUGACCAUGGACGUGUCAUGACACCUUCUUACUUAGACUCCAAUCCACACACACACACACACACGCCCAUACACAAUUUUUUCUGCUCUUUUAAACCAAAACCAGUCGGCCUGUGUCAGCCCGGUGAGCUGUUCGGAUCCAGUCCUGCACCGGGCCCUUUUUCCUCAUCCUCUCACACAAAACUCACGUACGGACACGAACACCCUUCACAUGGACUGUUCUGCUCCGUCAAAAUCUAAGACAAUGAAUCUACCUCUAGCGCCUCUGUCGUCUACUCCUUUGUGUGCGCUUAGUAACUGUGCAUUGUUCCUAUGUUUAGUAUUUUACGCCCUCAUGCUCACCAGUCCGUAGAUAUGGGGAGUUAUGUUGCUCAAGCACAGGAUGAUGGAGCAUUAACCUAUCAUUUGUUAUUAAGCGUUUGUUUAUUGGUGCAUAGUUUGUCGUCUAACAUGAAAAUAUGACGACGGCUUCUCUGAAUAAGCUCUCCUUUACCCCCUCUCUCUGUCUCUCUCUCUCUCUCUCUCUCUUUCUCUCUCUCUCUCUCUCUCUCUCUCUCUCUCUCUCUCUCUCUCUCUCUCUCUCUCUCUCUCUCUCCGUUUAUCUUCUCUCUUGAUGGUAAAGUAGCAGAUUUUGUAGUUAAGUCCCCUUGACCCCCUUCAAGGUGAUGAAGCUAAAACCUAUUGGGUGCUGAAAUUGAAAUGAAAAAGAAUAAUAAUGUGCAGAUAUGGGCUGCCCAAGGAGCUCUCUCACCCAGCCCUCCUAGCUUGAGGUUUGCUGGGGGCUUAACACGUUGCGAUGUGGAUGGGUGUAUUUAGUUUCUUUUGGAGAAAAUUGUUCAAACGUAGUCUUCUGAAGGGGGUCGAAAGCUAUUCUUUGACCUCUUCUGUGCAUUGUUAAUAUUUGGAAUCAUGAUUUUAAAUGUAAAAUCAAAAUCAUAAAGUGAAAAUCUAACACGAAUGAUGAUGCACAGGAGGGAAAAACAUAAACAUUGACAAAAAUAGUUAAUUGGAAGAGAAAAAUAAUAAUAAUCAUGAGACCCCGGAUGAUUUUCCUGGGUGUGGUAGCUCUCCCAAGUCUGACUGGGCCACUUGAACUCAUUCUGUCUGGUGCGUAAUGAACGCAGACAGGGCCCCCCUGCACACCUGCACAGUGCCCCCAAGCUGCUGGCUUCGAUGUUGGCUGGUGACGCCAGUCUUGGGUUGGCUUCUCUCUGUUUAAGCUCCGACUUGUUAAUCUCCAUUAAUCAUGUGUCCAAUAUCCAUGACCCUCCCUCCACCUCCCCCGACCCCCACCCGUUUCACAGACUCCUGUUCAGAAGACUGUUCUCUAAAGCUACAUCUCUCGUGGACAUUUUGAUUAUUAGAGUAGCCAAAGUACUGCCGUGGAGUUGAGUGCGAGUGUGAGCCCUCUGAGCUGGUGCCACCGGGCAUGCAAGUGUUAUUCCACAGUACUGUAGCUGAUAUUCUUGUGCCGAACGCCUUUCUGUUGUCUUUUUUGUUUGUUUGUUUGUUUGUUUUGUUGACGUUCCUUUGCAUUAUCUGAUUUCUCCGGAAAAGUAACCUGCUCACUAACAGCCGAUAUAUUAUAUACAAGCUCUACAUGUAUAUUUUAUCAUUCUCUCUUGAUUGAUAUUUGACCUCUGACGUGCUACCCAAAUACCCUGCUUUAUUUAUUUCACCAUUUAUGAUGUAGUUAUCUUGCCAUCGAUUUCAACCUUCUUCUUUUAUUCCCCCCCCUCCUGCAAUGUCUUGUCACAUUACAUUGUUUGUGAGCAUAUUUUUCUCCCCUUUGUAUUAUGUAAACCAUUGCUGUGAUCUUUUUCUGUAUUGGUUUUUAGCUAUCUUCAGUGAAGGUUUUUUUUUUGUUUGUUUGUUUGUUUUUAAUGGGUGGGACAGGGGAUGUCUGUAAUAAUUGUUGCCACAUGUUCCUGACUAAGCUACACUAAUAAGACUGACUGUGCAUAGUUAUAUUUUUAAGGGAGUUUGCAAAAAAAAACAAUCUCACAUGUAGAUUUGAUUUAUAGCCUGAAAAAAAAAAUCAGUCAACAGUGCAAGCCCUCAUCCCAUUGGCGUAGACUUCAGUGUGUUAUCGCUUAAGCCACUGUAAAUCCACUCAGCUAGCACCCUGCGACGCAAUGCCAACCUGCGCUUCUCACUUGCAAAGGAAGAUUGACUUGGUUCAUUCUGAGUAGUGUCACCACCCUAGCUUGGGGUAAUAAGGGAGAGGGAGAGGGGGUGGGGCGGUUGGGGAAGAACAUUUCUAGUCCAUUUCCCACAUAAAUGUGAAUUUCUUUUCUUGACGUAAAAAGCCGUGUUGUGGCAUGGUAGAUUGUGUCAGUGAAUUCAUUAGAGAAAAAAAGGUCUCCAUGGUCCAGUAGGCCUUAGCUUGGAUUAGCCUCCUCGCUCGCCACAUGUCCCCAGUUGCCUUGCUUUUAUGUUUAUCGUGCCCAUGAAUGAUCGGCAGUGAGUACAUAGUAAGCAUCACAACUGUCUAUUAGUCCCGACCUGUAGGUCUCCCACAGAUUGAAAAGAUGAUAUGGGAGAAAAAAAAAGCUCAUCAGUGGUGUUCUAAAUGUGUUGCCUGUUCUCAUAGCCUACGUAGAUGAAGGGUGUGUACCAUGUGCACCGCGCAUCACUCUCUGUGAUGACUGGAGAUGUGUGCGUCGUUUGUGGCCGGUUUUCAGUGUGGUUGUCUUCUGGAAUUCCCAUUUUGAGAGGCGGUUCGAUGCAUGAUAGUGUAACAAUGUUUGUGGAGCUCCAUGUAGAUGAUUUGUGAAAAAAAUGCAUGAUGGGUUUUCGAAAGAUUUGCCACAGUGGAUGACCGUCUGAACAAGGCCGGAAAUCUGAGGGUGGGACAAACAGAGAAUGGUUUGAAAAUUGAAUUGAUUGGUCAAAUUGUGUAAAAGCACUGUAAAGUAACACAAUCCACAAAAACCAUACUGUGAGGAAGUAAAUUAUGUUUUUGUUUUUCAUGUGGUAAAUCCUAGUAUCUAAUUUGCCUAAUUCUAAAACUGGAAUUAAAUCUUGUUAGAAGUGUGGUGGAAUUAAUUUGGUAUAAAAUCUGCAAGUUUUUGGUGUUGUAAGCUGCUUUGGUUGGUUGGGUUAUCUAUCUAAAACGAGACAAACUGGGUAAUUGUACAGAGAGGAAAACAAAUUUGUAUAAAAGACAAAUUAUUUAGAUAUUUUUGUACUUCAUCAAAUCUCUACAUGCAUGUCAGCAAUAAACUUUGAUAUGGAACUAUU